AUGUUCGGUUUAUUAAAGAGACAAUUCAUCGUGCCCAACGUCAACAGAUCCAUUUUUAAUGCCACCCCAAGAAUAAUAAACCCAUACAAUACUGCAGCUUCAUUGUUUGCUCCACUUAGACAAUUCAAAGUCAGAACUUCAGUAAAGAAAUUAUGUAAAGAUUGUUAUGUUGUUAAAAGAAGUGGAAGAGUUUAUGUCCUUUGUAAGUCAAAUGGUAAACAUAAACAAAGACAAGGUUAG